CUCUCUGAGCGCUGACAAGAAAAGGAGGAAGCGGAGGGAGAGCAGCGCGACGGACAAAGAUAACUUCAGACAAAACCCACCGAAAGCUGACAUUCACACACUUCCAUUUGAACCUGCUCUACUCGGAACGUCACAGUUAACGACUUUUUUUGCAGCCGCAGACGACGCAUUUUGAGACGCCAGCAACUCCUCUCGUUGGUUUCGGGUGAAGUAGAGGUUAAAAGACACCCCGCACAGGUAGUCGGAGAAUGGCAGACUCGGCGGCGGCCAACAGCGACGGGGAGGAUGGUCCCCGCGAGCCCAUGCGGGGCUUCGCGCGCCAGGGAGCCCUCCGCCAGAAGAACGUGCACGAGGUGAAGGACCAUAAGUUCAUCGCGCGCUUCUUCAAGCAGCCCACCUUCUGCAGCCACUGUACCGACUUCAUCUGGGGUUUUGGCAAGCAGGGAUUCCAGUGUCAAGUGUGUUGUUUUGUGGUCCACAAACGGUGCCAUGAGUUUGUCACUUUCUCCUGUCCGGGCGCUGAUAAAGGACCUGCAUCAGAUGACCCGAGGGCAAAGCAUAAGUUUAAGAUCCACACCUACUCCAGCCCGACCUUCUGCGACCACUGUGGCUCUCUGCUCUAUGGCCUCUUACACCAGGGCAUGAGAUGUGACCACUGUAUGAUGAAUAUCCAUAAGCGCUGCGUGGCCAAUGUGCCGAGCCUGUGUGGGACAGACCACACUGAGAGGAGAGGCCGCCUCCAAAUCACUGCUGAGGUCAAGACUAACGUACUGACUGUUACCAUCAAAGAGGGCAAAAAUCUGGUUCCUAUGGACCCCAACGGUCUGUCAGACCCCUACGUGAAGCUUAAACUGAUCCCAGACCCCCGCAGUGAGAGUAAACAGAAGACCAAGACCAUAAAGUGCAACCUAAACCCCACCUGGAACGAGACCUUUAAAUUCCACCUGAAGGAGUAUGAUAAAGACCGCCGCCUGUCUGUGGAGAUUUGGGACUGGGACCUGACCAGCCGCAACGACUUCAUGGGAUCGCUGUCCUUCGGCAUCUCGGAGCUCCAGAAACAAGGAGUGGAUGGAUGGUUUAAGCUGCUCUCCCAGGAAGAAGGCGAGUACUUCAAUGUUCCCGUCGCUCCAGAGGGAGAGGAGGGCAACGAGGAGCUACGGCAGAAGUUUGAGAGGGCAAAGAUUGGGCCAGGCAAGAACACAGAAGGCAAGUCGGCUAACGCUGCGUCCCGCUUCGACUCCAAUGGAAACCAAGACCGCAUGAAGCUGUCUGACUUUAACUUCCUGAUGGUGCUGGGCAAGGGCAGCUUCGGCAAGGUGAUGCUGGCAGAGCGUAAAGGAACGGAGGACCUGUAUGCUAUAAAGAUCCUGAAGAAAGAUGUUGUGAUCCAGGAUGAUGAUGUGGAGUGCACCAUGGUGGAGAAGAGAGUGUUAGCAUUGGCUGGAAAGCCCCCAUUCUUAACACAGCUGCACUCCACCUUCCAGACCAUGGACCGCUUGUAUUUCGUCAUGGAGUACAUAAACGGAGGAGAUCUCAUGUAUCAAAUUCAGCAGGUUGGAAAGUUCAAAGAGCCCCAUGCUGUGUUCUAUGCUGCAGAGAUAGCCAUCGGUCUGUUCUUCCUUCAUCUAAAGGGCAUCAUCUACAGAGACCUGAAGCUUGACAACGUGAUGCUGGACUGUGAGGGUCACAUAAAGAUUGCAGAUUUUGGCAUGUGUAAAGAAAAUAUGAAUGAUGGAAUCACAACCAAAACCUUCUGUGGAACGCCUGACUACAUUGCUCCUGAGAUCAUAGCCUACCAGCCUUAUGGAAAAUCUGUGGACUGGUGGGCCUUUGGUGUGUUGCUCUAUGAGAUGCUGGCUGGACAGCCUCCCUUCGACGGUGAGGACGAGGAUGAGUUAUUUCAGUCCAUCAUGGAGCAUCACGUCUCCUAUCCCAAGUCAAUGUCCAAGGAGGCUGUCGCUAUCUGUAAAGGGCUGAUGACGAAACAUCCAGCGAAACGACUUGGUUGUGGUCCGGAGGGGGAGCGAGACAUCAGGGACCACAGCUUCUUCCGCUACAUGGACUGGGAGAAACUUGAGAACAAAGAAGUGCAGCCGCCAUUCAAACCUAGAGCCUGUGGACGGGAUGCUGAAAACUUUGACCGCUUUUUCACACGCCACCCGCCGGUGCUGACCCCUCCCGAUGAGGAAGUGAUACAGAACCUGGACCAGGAUGAGUUCCAGGGAUUCUCCUUUAUCAACCCAGAGUUCCCAGGAACUAUUGCAGCCACCCCUGCCACAGAGCAGGCUUGAUUUCAGCUCAUGCAUCGACACAUGGACACGCACACACACUCUCACAUGCACACACAUGCACACACAAAACACACACACACACACACACACACACACACACACACACACACAAAUAUAAAUAACAGUUGUCCCUGGAACAAACACACUCAAACAUGUCAACUUCAAAUAUCCCUGAAAUGAUAUGUGCUAUUACAGGCACCAAGAAGCCAUGACUUAGACUGACUCACAGACAUGUCGAGUCAGCUUUGAACAAGUUUGUUGUUCACACUGCUGUAACCUGGAUGUUGUCUUGGCCUAAAUGCAUGUAGCACUCUAUUGCAGCAUUGAAAAUACAAAUUUAAAUGAAUCACAAGAUAAUUAGAUCAUAAACAAAUCUGGUACGUUUCCAUGCUUCUAGUUGAGAUACUAUUUUACUAGUUAGCAAAAGAUUUCCCGUUGACUAGCUUCUGAUUCAUAAGUUUAUUGAAUGUAUAAUUUUUUGACUUGUGUUGCUCACAGUUUUGACAUAAUUCUCCAGCUUAAUUUACAAAAAAAAACAUCCAAAUAACGAAAAUAAAUUAAUAAGCAAAAUUCUAAAUUUAAACUUAGGGAUACAAUGUACAAUAUUUUGCUUAACUGGUAACUGAUGCAAGUAUAUUCACCUGAAUUUAAGUCCAAUUUUUUAGCACAGACACAUACACAACUGCAUCAUCUGCAUACAACAUAUCUGCAGCAUUCAAUGUUAUAGAUUUUUGGUGGAAAUUGUGAUUUAACUUUUCUUUAAGUCAUUCCUCGGCUAUCCCAGCGCAUCCUGAGCUCAGCCUGUAUUUCUGGUGUGCAUUUUAUUAUUCAGUGUUUGAUAAUAAUAAUAGUGUCUGUGUGUUUAUCCUUAUCUUAGCUAAAACUGGAAUGCUUCACAAACUUGUGCAUGAGUUUCUAUAUCAAUGGUAGCCCUGGACUCUGUCUCCCUGCAGCGUUUUACCAUCUGAUCUCCAUUUCACCUGCUACUAUCGAGUGGCUGUUUUCCAAUGGUGAAAAAAUACAUUUAAAACAAAACAAUACAGUGGAAGAUCGGACAAAUAUCAGAUUUCUUCUUUCAUCAGCAGAGGGAUCGUGAUGGUUAAAUGCUUUUGGGAAAUGUAGUCUUGAUCUAAGCUUUGAGUUAGUAAAUUAAAUAGAUAAUUCUACUUCUUAUACUCUGAUUCUCUGUUAUCUAGUAUUUAAGCAAUGAAAGAGACUAGCAGUAAGUUUCUGUGCAUGAUACCAAUACCUGGGCGUUUGUUUACAGCGUAUGUGUGUGCACGUGUAUGUUUUAUAAGUGUGUGAAGGAGUACUGUUUGUGAAAUCAAACAAUUUAGUUUGUAUAUUUGUAUGCGUGUCCAUACCUGCCUUCCCAGUACCUGGUGUUAAACUAUUUUAUAAUCAUAUCAAACGGUGUUUGUAUGAUCAGCUUCACUUCCAACUAGCUGCUCCACCAGUGACAGAAAAAGGAGAGGAGCAAGAAGAUAAGAAAACAGUGGUUUUUCAGUAGUAAAUCAAGAGAAAAUAAAGACCAGAGACAAUAUUUGCUUAUAUGACUGUAAAAGCUAUACAAAACUCUUUAACACGUUUAUCACAAUGGAAUUCAGUGCUGCAAAGUCCACCUUGAUGUCCCUGAAAAGCAAAACUUAAGUACUAGAUAUGUUAUCCAGGUUAAAAUCUGUGGCCUGGAAAGAAAGUUGCACCAAUGUCCUGUUUUCGAAAGGCAGGUUAAGUACCUUCGCAUCUCAAAAAGUUCCCUGGCUUGGUAACAAGAAUUCUACUUUGACAUCAAAAAGGUAGGACAACCCAUAUAUCAUGCAGCCCUACUUUUCUGGUCAACUUUUGUAUUCAAAGUGUUGCAGAAGAUUUGAACUCACUGUGAUCUGUGUUUUCCGAGCUGUCUGCAUGUGCAAUAAGAAUUUCCAUCCUAACUACAGACAGCAGCAGUUGUGGGCAUGAGUUUGGACUAGUCCUUGUGAAGCAGGAAAAUCCUUUCUGUGUGUGUUUUAUCUUUUGUUUUCCCCAGCUAGCAAUAAUAUUGUUGACAGGAAGCUACCUAACCAAUCUUCAGAAGACUCAGGUUAGGGCUGUAAUUAAUUAACAUGCAAAGACUGCGAGGUUAUGCGGCUUAUUGGUAAGCAUAUUUAUCUCAGGAAAGAGAGAAUGUUGGCACUGUAUACACUCGGGUACAGCUGAUGCUGUGUGGAAGCCGCUGAAGUGCUUCCACAUAUCAAACUACUCUUCAUCACACAGGGACAUCAGGAGAGUUUUUUGCAGAGGGGCACAUUCAGGUUCACUAGUGUUUAUAUAUAAAGGGGCAUUCAAUUUUUUUGCAGUAUAAUAAUGUUUAAUUUCCAUAUACCUGUAGUUAAAUCAUUUGAACAUGACAUGGAAUUCAAUUUCCAAAAGCACGACUUUUUUAAGGACAUUAUUAAAGAAGGGCCUGAUAACAGAUUUUAUGGAAAUGGUAUUCAGUAGGUAGUGGGGGAUCAAAUUAUCCUUUAUUGUUUAUAAUCGAUUUCUGUAAAAGAUAGGUUCCCAAAACAGCUGUUGCAAUUCCAUUGCAGAGGUAGUAUUGCUUUCAUCACUCAGAAACAUUUGAAACAUUAACAACACUUGGUGGAAAAUGUCAGACGCAAUUAAAGUUGACUGCUUUCUAGAGACUAGCAAUGUUUUCUCUGCAUAACCCUGACUCAAGGCAGUCUCACAAUAUUUUUUGACGUAAGCACAAAGUCUAAUCUGGAGGAGUUGUGUACUUGAGCAAAAGUUUCCCUUUUUUAUGCAAGUCAGAUACUGCAUUGUAUUUUGGAGGCGCAAAUGCAUGAUGGCAGCCCCCAGGGCUCUCUACUAGAGCCUUUAGUUUUCCACCCAGGAGGUUGUUCAGGUCCCGUGUGAAACUUUAAGUAAAAGUUGAUGUUUUAAAUUAGCCAGGGUUUCAUAUUAUUAGUUAGGCUGAGGGGAGACGAUGGUUUCUGCUGUAAUGCACAAGUUCCAGGUAACUUAAAAAUAAGACAAAUAGAGUAGAACUCUCCAUGGCACUUACAUUAAUUGCGACCGAGGCAGAUUUUGUCAAUCUUUAUAUUCUAUUUUAAAUACGAUACUGUGACUGGCAUGAAUAAAAGUAACAUUCUUGUUCAUGUACAGUACAGUAUGUGAACCUUACUCUCUGUGACUAUUUCACAAACUGUUGUGAGGCUGGAUAGCCUGAUUGUAGAAGUGGUCAAGGGUGUUAUAGAAAAGCUCAGGUAUUCAAGUUAAAGGCCAAAACCUCUGGACUAACAAAAAUUCAGACUGAAAAGCCACAGCUGUGGAGUUCCUUUUCUUUAGAUGCCUCAGUAUUGAACUUUAGUGAGGGGGGAGGGGGGAUUGUAAUUUGAGAGGCUUUUUGUGUCAUUGAGACCUGUGAUGUGAGGAAAUGAAUCAUUUUCAAUUGGAUUAAUUGAUAGGAAAUACUGGAUGAGGCUGGUCUUGUCUGUUUUCUCUAAUGUUAAACAAUGAGCUGCUGAUGAAUUCAGCACAGAAGAGCGGCUUUAAUGGUUUUACAUUUCGUCCACCAUUAUGUGUCAGCAGAAAAAACUGAAGUAUGUUUAUGACUUGACAGCAUAAAGCUAGAUCUGCGUCCAUUGUCUGUGUCCUUCAUGUGUCUGUAUUUUUACUGUUAGUGUCUCCUGUAUUUCUGGAACAAAUAACUAUAUAUAGAUAUAGAUAUAUACCUAUACAACAACAUAUAACAGUGUCAAAUGUUGAUAUAUAAUUAUACACCAUGUUGUCAGUAUUUCAAAGAGCGAGUGAAAAAGAUUUACUCCAGGGUUUGUGUUUUUGUUUCUAUGACUCCUUCUAGCUGACGGAGAAGCAAAAUGAACUCUGCAUGAAAAAUGCUUUUACCUUUUUAUUAAUAAGAAUUCAAAUUCAAUUAACAUAUUUGGAUAAUUCAUGUUUUUUGUGUCGGCAGUGCUCCAAAAGUGUGAUCCAAGCUACUGUGUGUGAAAAUAAGGAAUAAUGUACAAAAAGAAAAAAAAGAAAGAGGAACAAAUGCUUUUCACAAUGCUUUCCAUGUGCCAAAUUUUUUUUUGUUUUCCAGGAAAUACAGGCAUACCUAAAAUAAAAGAUUUAAAAGAUG